AAAUAAUUUUAUGGCUAUAUUUUUGACAUGUGGUUACACUCAAAGUGCCCCCCCCCCCCAAAAAAAAAAAUUCAAAUCGCGUAAACUCCGCGACUCGUCUCGAUGAUUUCCAUUGGCCACCGUUGGCAUUUCAAGUUUCUUGUUGACUUGUAUGUCUGCUGCUGGAGACUUUCAAAAUCCCCCCCCCCCCUCUCUUCGUCUCUUAAGCCUGACCGUAUUUGCGCACUGGACGUUCCACACUCAUCAGACAGACUUAACAGGUCGUUAUCAUUAGCCAAACACGGAGUCUGAACAGAUGAGCGUUUUCCGCGCACCGUCUUUGAAAUUCCACCCUUCGCCUUUGUUUGUGCCCUGCGAGGGGGCGGGAAGACAAACAGGUCCGCGCGUAUAAAAGCAUCAAACCGGCACUUGGGGCGACACUGGAGACGUGCCUUACACACGAGACGAGAGAUUCUCUUCUGGAACACUUUCUAGAGGGAAUUCCUAGGCCAAUUUUUUUUUGGGGGGGGGACGUUUUGUUUUUUUGCUCUCAGCACCACCACCAUCAAAAACAACAACAACCCCCAAAAAAAUAAAAUAAAAAAAGGAUCCAUCCAGUCAUGCUGAUGCGAUGCGUCGCGCGUUGUUUCCUGCCGCUGUGGCUCUCGCUCCUUGGAUACGUUUACGCGGGGCCGAUUGUCCUCAACUCCAACGCCAUCAAGAAUUUCGAGCCGGUCAGCCCCAGUCCGCGGACCUCGCCGCCUGGCAGCGUGGGACACAAAUUGCCCGUGGACGCCUCGCAGGCGACAGGAGUAUGUGCGGAUGACGACGAUUGCGGCGGUGAUGAAUUCUGCAACGACGUCCGAAGUAUGUGUCUGGCGUGCCGCAAGAACCGGAAGCGUUGCGCACGGGACUCGAUGUGUUGCGCUGGAAGCCGCUGCAGCAACGGUGUCUGCCAGACGAAUGACAUUGAUGGGCCGGGCUGGCAUAUACGCAACUCUACCAUGGAGCAUCAUAUGGAGCAUCAUGCCAAGAGACCCCUCACUGCCCACGAAGCGCACACGGUAAAAGGUCAGGAAGGAGACACGUGCCUGCGCUCGGCCGACUGCUCGGCGGGCCUGUGCUGUGCCCGCCACUUCUGGUCUCGCAUCUGCAAGCCGGUGCUGAGCGAGGGCCAGGUGUGCACGCGCCACCGCCGCAAGGGCACCCACGGCCUGGAGCUGUUCCAGCGCUGCGACUGCGGCGACGGUCUGGCGUGCAGGCCUGAGAGAAGCGAGCAGCAGCAGCAGCAGCAGCACGCCGUCAGCAGGACGUCGGCCCGGAACCUACACACCUGUCAGAGACGCUGACGCACACACACACACACACACACACACACACACGGGUCACAGAUACUGACACACAAACACACACACAUAUGCCAACACCCAAGACUUUCUUUCCUGUCAACGCUGCUGACACCGAGACAGCGCCAGGAAGCAAAGAUGCGCUUCCUGGGAAAAGUGAUACACCCGCAGAGAUGAUGGACUUGUCUAUGAAUGGAUGAGAGGGGAUAUGUAGACAGGGAGGGGGCUGGGGCGGGGGUGUCCAGAUCAAUUGUCCAUGGCGGUUAAUGGCAGAGCUGUUUUUUUGUUUCUGUUUUUAUGGAACUUGAAGCCUCGGUUAUUGCAGUAAAUUACUGCAUUGUGAAUGAUGGCUGGGGAACCGACCAGGGAAUUUGAGUACAACAAACAGUUAACACACAAAUGGUCGUAAUAUAUACGAAAACGGCGAUCCCGCGGCGCAUAAGUACGCAGACCCACCGGGAAAAGGCGGAAAUGUUUGUUUUAUAGAAAUAACACGGGUCGACGGCAACAUUUUAAUCUGCGAUAGCUUCACGAGUCACGAAAUGUAUUUUUGACGAUGACUGACAAAAAAAAAAUAAAAUGUCUCGACUUUUUCACAUCAUCCAGAAAAGUUUACUUAAAACGUGUGGUUAGCAAAAUUGUUGAACAGUGUAAUUUCAACCCCUACCUUCAACACCUUCGAACUUAUUAAAGCAGAUUUUUCAAAGUAUUACCUUAGAGCCUGUUUUCACUCUCGCGGCCUAUAGUAUAACAUCACUUUGAGGAAAAGAGAACCCCCCCCCAGAUGAAAUGCUAAGCGCACUUGCUUCACGCUGAUUACGUGUUAUUCCCAGUUCAAGUUGACCUUAUAACUCGACAUUGUACAUUCAAAAAACAAACCAUAUAGAUUAAUCUCACCAGCUAGCUCAAUGCUAACAUACGUACAAAGCGGCAUCGUGAAAUUAGCAUUAGCAACCCGACAGUAUUCUUCGUCGUACUAUAGAAGGUUCGCCUCUGUCAUUCGGAGUUUGGUUUUGUAAGAGCUCGUCAAAAAAAAAAAAAAUGAGCGUUUAAAAAUCCAGAAUAUUUCUGAGGGGUGGGGUGGGGGGGGGGCGUACACUGUAACGUUUGAUCCUGAGUUCUGCAUGGCCAAAACUGGCACUUGGCUAUCCGAUAAAAGGUUCCUCAGCCUGGUUGUAAAUAAUUCUCUGGGAGGGGGAGUGGGGGGGCACUUCAUUGUGCAAUGGAGUCAACACCAGUAGGAGAACGACACGGUGCCGCAUGCAGUGAAAAUAUUGUUUCAUAUUGUUUUGUAAGAAAACCUGAUCUAUAUUGAGAAUGUGAAUGUUUUAUUAAACGCUCCUCUUAAUAAACUCACUUGUUGCGGACCUAUUUCUUGACAUUGAGGCGCCAACAUUUUUCGGCGGGGGCGGCGGCGGCGGUGGUGGUGGUGGGGGCAAACAAUUACCGCCGUUGUUGUUUAACACGUCGCGCCAUUUCUCACAAAUCAGCGGGUUGGGAGCCAGUGGAUGGUUGGAAUACUUUGGCUGUGUGCGCCACACCAAUUCAUUACCCGCAAAUCACUGAGAUAUGCACAGAGAGACC